AGGAACCAACGACGAAAAGAAUAACAACCAAAACGAACGAAGAACAAUAACAAAGAGCCAGGCUAAAAAAGGAACAGAACAAGAAAGAAGGAAGAAGGAAGAGGAAAGCGGAAAGCAGAGCCAGGCAAAAGCAGAAAGCGCAGGACACCCAUCCCCCACCCCUCAAAAUACAGACGCGCACAAUGGCCGUGCCCUUUUAUCUGCCCGAGGGCGGAGCCGAUGACAUCGCCUCGUCGGGCGCCUCGGGCUCCUCUUCGGGCGCAUCCUCGUCGGGUGCCUCCACCUCGUCGGCAGGUUCCUCGGACGGCGCCAGCAGCAUUGCCUCCCAGUCCCCCAACACCACCACAUCGGCCACGCAGACGCCGAUGCAGUCCCCACUGCCCACGGAGCAGGUGCUCUACGCCCUCUGCCAGUGGGUGCGCCACUAUCACAGCCAAACCCAACAGAACGCCGCGCAGAUCUUCCAGUACCCGCCGCCGCCGAGUCCCUCAUGCAACUAUACGGUCGGCGAUGUCUUCUUCCCCCACGGCCCACCGCCAGUGCCGCCGCGGACACCGCGCACCAGCGUCAGCUUUGCCGCCGGCGAGGAGUACAACUUCUUCCGGCAGCAGACACAGCCGCCGUAUCCGGCGCCGUCCACGCCGCAGCCAAUGCCACCGCAGCCGCCGCAGUCGGCGCCACCGAUGCACUACAGCCACAGCUUCCCGCAGCAGUCGCCGCACUUGCUGCAGCACCACCAUCCCGCCUCCGUCUAUGGCAUGGGGCAGCACCAGCCGGGUCCCGGCUCCUACUACGCCACCUACACACCGCCCCCCACACCGAACACGGCCAAUGCCGGCACCUCGACCUCAUCGGCGGCCUUUGGGUGGCACAGCCAUGGCCCCCAGCUGGCAUCGACACCGCUGACGGCGCCAAUGGGCUCCAAGAUGCGGCUGCAGCGCAGCCAGUCGGAUGCAGCCAGACGCAAGCGAUUGACCUCGACGGGCGAGGAUGAGCGCGAGUAUCAGAGCGAUCAUGAGACCAGCUGGGAUGAUGAGUACGAUGAUCGUUAUGACAAUUUUACGGCCGGACGGGAGCGUCUGCAGGAGUUCAACGGACGGAUACCACCACGGAAGAAGAAGAACAGUCACAGCAGCAGCAGCAGCCACAGCCACAGCCACAGCAACAACAAUCCAAUCAGCCAAAAUAAUUUCCAACUCCAUUCAUCGAAUGCCGAGUGCAGCAGCAGCGCCAGCGGCAGUGCCAGCCACGGCAGCAACAGUCAGAGAGAGCGAGAGCGGGAGCGCGAGCAGCGAGCGGAGGCCGAGAAGAAGAAACCGCAGGUCUUCACCUGGCCGACCGUUGUGACCGUGUUCGUGCUGGCCAUGGGAUGUGGCUUCUUUGCGGCGCGAUGAAACCCCUGGAUAUGUGUAACCGAAUGAUCUAUAGUGAAAUCAGCUAGCAUAUAGGAUAUAUACACGAUCUAUACGUAGAUAUAGCGAAACCGUAAAAUAAGUGCAACGAAUUUAUUGAAAGCAGAAAGUCAUUAAUUCGUAAACCGAUUGUUAAAUAUACAUAUACCGAUACCGAUACCGAUACCGAUACGAUUAAGAGGGUUGACGGGACACAAGAACAAUAUAUUCUAUCUGUCUAGGGUAACUUUUGCAUUUGUACUGUACGAGUAUCUCCAGAAACAGCAACAGCAACAGCAACACAAAUUUCCUCAAAAACUGCUCAAAGUAAACGAAAACUCUCAGACUGGCCAAGUGACUCAGAAUCAAAGCCUAUUUUUUAUUGCGGAUACAAACAUGUAUUUUUGUACAACUUUUUGAACACUUAAAUAUACACAGACACACACACAGAAAUUCAACAAGUACAAAGACCAAUACAAAGACAAACGAAACAACAAAAGAACAAAAGGAAAACUGCCAAUUCUUGAGAUAUAGUACUCUUCGCGACGAUUUUCGUUUUUGCAUUUAAUCAUCUGAUAUUCCACCUGCAUUUUCUUCCACCCACAACCACAACCCCAAAACAAUUUCAAUGUCUUCGAUUUUGUGAUUUCGAAUCGCAAGCAAAAUAAAAAAAAAAAUAUAUACAUAUAUAUAUUUUUUUUUGAUUAUUUGUUUAACUAGUAGAAAUUUUUAAGCAUAAGCCCCACACAGCAGAAAGAUCACACGCCUAGCUUUAAUUGUUAAAAAAAAAACAAACGCAGAGAAAAAAAAUCAUAAAA